AACAGCAAAACGAAAGGAACAACUGUCCACAUCUAAACCUGUCGCUCACUGGAUUUGAUUUCAUCUAUGAUUCAGAAAACAUGUCUAUAGAUGUCGAUUUAGCACAAUGCCUACCAAAUCUAAUAACACUCGCGGACAUUUAUGUGUUUAAUCCACAAUCCAUCGAGACCAGCAAGAGAUUCUGAGAACGACGCGCGCGAACUGACAACAAGCGUUACUAAGUUUAAAAUACUGAUAAAUUCUCUUCUUAGUGGACAAGACUGCAAUUUUCAGGGUCAGUUUAGCUGCAGUAUGUCAGAGGAAAGAGGAAAGGACUCUCUCUCUCAGAUGAGUCUCUCAGAGAAACACAGUGUAAGAUCAGGCUCACAUGUGUCCAGCUCUGUGUCUCUGAAGAGUGAUCAGUCUAAAGAUGGACUUCCACUAAACUUCAGUGAGAAAACACCAUCAUCUAAUAAAAGGCUUAAAUAUGAGACAUUAGACUCAGACCUUCAGACUCACAGGAACCACGAGAAUUUCAAAGACAAUCUUCUUGGGAUCUUCCAGGAUCUUGAAAGCAAAAUAAUCACAUUUCUGAAGAAUGAACUGGAGAAGUUAAAGAAAAUAUUACAACAUGAGAACACACAACACUUUGUGAAGGACUUUAAUGAGAACAGAUCCAGUAUCAAAUCAGCAGCUCUUGAUCUCACACUACAUUACCUGAGAGAGAUGAAGCAAGAUGAAGCUGCUGAUGCUCUAGAAGAUGAGCUGUUCUUCAUUCAUCAGCUGAAAUGUGGCCUAAAGAAGAAGUAUCAAUGUGUGUUUGAAGGAAUGUCGAAGCAAGGUGACUCCACACUCCUGAAUAACAUCUACACAGAUCUCUACAUCACUCAGGGUGGCAGUGAACAGGUCAAUACUGAACAUGAGGUAAGACAGAUUGAAGUUGCUUCCAGACGUCAUGAAGCACAAGAGAUACAGGUUAAAUGCACACAUUUGUUUAAAGCGCCUGAACAAGACGAGGAGAUCCGAACUGUACUGACAAAAGGAGUUGCUGGCAUCGGGAAAUCAGUCUCUGUGCAAAAGUUUGUUCUGGACUGGGCUGAAGGAAAAGAAAAUCAAGAUAUCAGCUUCAUAUUUCCUCUUCCAUUCAGAGAGAUGAACUUAAAGGAGAAAGAAAAACUAAGUUUGAUGGACCUUAUAACUCAGUUUUUCCCAGAGACAAAAGGACUGAACCUUACAAGAAGGAAUCAGUUCAAAGUGCUGUUCAUCCUUGAUGGACUGGACGAAUGUCGCCUUCCUCUGAAGUUUGAUUGUAAUGAGACGUGGCGUGAUGUAUCGUCACCAGCCUCUCUGGAUGUUCUCCUAACGAACCUCAUGAAGGGAAAUCUGCUUCCUUCUGCUCUCGUCUGGAUCACCAGCAGACCAGCAGCUGCCAGUAAGAUUCCUCCUGACUGUAUCGACCGGCUGACAGAGAUACGAGGAUUCAGCGACGCACAAAAGCAAGAGUACUUCAGAAAAAGAUUCAAGGAUGAUAUUCAAGCCAACACAAUCAUAGAUCAUGUUAAACAAUCAAAGAGUCUCUUUAUCAUGUGCCACAUCCCAGUCUUCUGCUGGAUUUCAGCCACUGUUCUCCAGAACAUUCUGGAGGAGAAGAGAAAUAAUGAUGUGAGAAACACUCAGGCUGAUGAGAUCUCUAAAACACUGCAGGAAUCAAACACUGAAGACACUCCCAAGACUCUGACACAAAUGUACACACACUUUCUCCGCUUUCAGAUCCAGCAGAGCCGCCGGAAAUAUGAUGGAGAAUACACACCAGAUGUUUCCUGGGAUAAAGACACCAUCCUUUCACUGGGGAAACUGGCAUUUCAUCAGCUGGAAAGAAACAACCUGAUCUUCUAUGACACAGACCUGGAAGCCUGUGGUCUUGACGUCUAUAAGGCAUCAGUGUACUCAGGCAUGUGUACCCAGAUCUUUAAGGAGGAAACAGGGAUCGUUCUUGGUACCAUGUACUGCUUUGUUCACUUGAGCAUUCAAGAGUUUAUUGCCGCCCUUUAUGCACAUCUGUUUCUAGACAUCAACAAGACAAGUGUGUUUGAUCAUGAGUCUACAGAACAGGAAAACAGAAAUGAAACCAUGAUUGAUUUUCUCAAGACUGCAGUGGACAAGGCGCUGGAGAGUGACAAUGGACACCUGGACCUUUUCCUUCGCUUCCUCCUCGGUCUGUCACUCCAGUCUAAUCGACGACUCUUACGAGGUCUGUUGACACAGCGAGACGGCACUGACCUGAGCAACACUGAAAUAGUUCAGUACAUCAAGCAGAAAUUAGAGGAUAAUCUUCCUGCAGAGAGAUCCAUCAAUCUGUUCUACUGUCUGAAUGAACUGAACGACCAAACUCUGGUGAACGAGAUUCAGACCCACCUUAGCAAAGGAAGUCUCUCAUCUGGUGACCUUUCACCUGCCCAGUGGUCUGCUUUAGUCUUUGUGUUGUUGACAUCAGAGGAAGAGCUGGAGGAGUUUGAGCUUCAGAAAUUCAAGAAAUCAGACGAGUGCCUCAUUAGAUUAUCGGCAGUCAUUAAAGCCUCCAGAAGAGCUCUGUUAAAUAAUUGUAACUUAACAGACAAAAGCUGUUCAUCUCUGGCUGCAGUUCUUGGAUCAGACACCAAUCUGAAAGAGCUGAACAUGAACAAUAAUAAGCUGCAGGAUUCAGGAGUGAAGCUGCUCUGCACUGGACUGAAGAAUAUAAAGUGUAAAUUGGAGAUACUGAGGUUAAGCUGCUGUGUUAAGACAGAUGAAGGUUGUUCUGAUGUGACUUCAGCUCUGAAAUCAAACCCGUCACACCUGAGAGAGCUGGACCUGAGUGUGAAUAAUCUAGGAGACUCUGGAGUGAAAAACCUCAGUGAUCUACUGAUGAACCCACAAUUCAAGCUGGAGAAACUACAUCUGAGUUAUUGCAGUAUUACAGAGAAACAGAGUCUCAUCCUGACUUCAGCUCUGAAAUCAAACCCGUCACACCUGAGAGAGCUGGACCUGAGCAGGAAUAAACUAGGAAACACAGGAGUGAAGCACUUAUGUGCCGUACUGAAGGAUUCACACUGUAAACUGGAGAGAUUGAGGUCAGUCACAUUCACAUACAAGAAUCAAAACACUUAAAAUCACUUCAACUCU